CCUUCUUGAACCAGCCAAUAAACAACACCCGCACUACAAUCACCUGACCAUCCCACCAAAAGUUUUCCGCCGAUAAGACUCGUGGAUUCUAUACACUGAUCUUUAACCCCCCUCCCCCACAAAAUUCACAAAGUAUUUUCUCAAUAAAAUAAAAACUACACUAAAAAUGGCCGAUCAAACCCUCUCUAUCUACGACGAAAUUGAAAUCGAAGAUAUGACCUUCGACCCCGCCGUCCAACUCUACCAUUACCCAUGCCCGUGUGGCGACCGAUUCGAGAUUGCGAUCGAUGAUCUUCGCGACGGAGAAGAAAUCGCCGUUUGCCCCAGCUGCAGCUUAAUGAUUCGGGUUAUUUUUGACGUUGUACGUUUCUCAUCUAUUCCUUUUUAUAAUCGUGUAUACACCGGGGUUCUUACUAACAUCAUCAAGGACGACCUCCCCAAGGCCAAUCAGCAGCAAGGUCCCGGCGCCGUUGCGGUUCAGGCUUAAACUAUUCAAGAUGGAAAUAGGGAAACAGCUAUAGGGGCUAUAAAUUAAUACCGUCAUACGUCACUA